AUAGCCAAAUUAGGGCGCCGAUGCAUUCCUCCAUUGGGGAAAAAACUUAUUGCCGCAACCAAACAUGGGUGGCGGUAGCCUGGGCACUGGUGGGAUAGGCCGAUAGGGUAUUGCAAACUUUCACCGGCAAAAACUCGCUCACCAUCCUGCCGUCUUCGAGCCACAGUCACGCUCUCGAUUUGCAAAUGGCGGAGAAGAAGAGAAAGGUGAGAGAAGAGAGCCAGAAGAAGACAGGGAGAGGCGAGAAGAAGAGAAAACAGCUACUCUCCAGAAUACUAACCACAGAAAACCAUAAGAAGAAGAAGAAUAUUAUAAAGAAGAAAAGCAACCACAAGGGCGAUCGUCGGAAGACCGGUCCUCGUCUCCCUAAUGCGCUUCGUAAAGCUAUCGAUCUCUUAAACCCUAAACCCAGAGAAAGUGACGAAGAGAUUGAUUCAGACGCUGAGGUUCAGGUUAAAGAUGUGUACGAGUACGAAGAGCGGAUGCCGGAGGAGGAGUCAAAGAAGAACCGACGAUUUGACCAUGUCGAUAACCUCGAGUACGAGCUUCCUGAAGAAUUUGAGGAUGAGGAUUUAUCUUCAGAGGAUGAUGAUGAUGAUGAUAAUGUUAAGAGGAAUGACAGAGGGGAUGGUUCAAACCAAGUAGAAGAUGAGGAAGAAAAAGAAAAUGAUGAUAGACACUCAAGGAUGGUGCAAGCUAUCAUUGGUAUGCAAGGCAAGGCUGUUGAAGAACUGGAGGCAGACCCUAGCAGGGCUGUCUUUGAUGGUGAUGGUCACAUUAGUAUUCAGGAUCUUUUGGAACCUCUCCAUGGGAAGCCUGGCUAUAGCAAGCUCCGGAAGAGAGUGCAGCAAUUAGAGAAAAAGUCCAUGCCUCUUCAGGCUCCCCUUCCAAAGGUAGAUCGGGAGAAGUUAGACAGGAAAGCAGCUUAUGAACAAUCAAAGAAGGAGAUUACUAAGUGGGAGCCAUUAGUCAAAAGGAACAGGGAGGCACCUACUAUAUAUUUUGAUGAGGAUGUAAAUUUGGGAUUCUCCACUGUAGGGGCAAUUGCUUCUGAGUUUGAACCGAGGACCGAUUUUGAGAAGAAAAUUGCUUCAGUAAUGCGUGAUGCACAGGUGGUGGAAGCACAUAACCAGGAUGGUUCAAGGCUUCUUGAACUCAACAAGAUUUCCAUUGAAGAUGUGAAAGAUAGGCAAAAUCGUCUGGCAAAAAUGCGUAGCCUUCUUUUUCGUCAUGAAAUGAAGGCAAAACACAUAAAAAAGAUCAAGUCCAAGACGUACCAUCGCUUGUUGAAGAAGGACAAAAUGAAAGCAGCAUCUACUGAAAGACAAAUGGAUCCUGAAGCUGCUAAAGAAUAUGCAAUGAAGCAAGAAUUCAAGAGGGCUGAGGAACGUAUGAGAUUGAAGCAUAAAAACAGCUCCAAGUGGGCAAAACGUAUCUUAAAACGUGGUCUUAAUGCCCAAGAUGAAGGAACUCGAGCUGCCAUUUCCGAACAGCUUCAUCAACAUACACUUCUGACGAGGAAGAUGAACUCAAUGAAAGAUAGUAGUAGCAGUGAUGAGGAUGAAGAUGACGAUGAAGACGAUAUGCCUGGCACAGAGCAGGAUGAGGCAUCCAAGUUGCUAACAAAGGCAAAAGAGAAGACACUUAAAGUUAUAGAAGAGGAGGAUGAAAUGCCUCAAUCAGGUGUUCUUUCCUUGCCAUUCAUGGUCCGUGGACUAAAAAAGAGAAAGGAGGCAGCUUAUGAGGAGGCUAAGCUUGUUCUUCAAGAGUAUGAUUCAUCAUUGAAGCAGCUUGAGGACACAGAUGAGCUGUCAAGUCCUAAAGUAGAUACUUCAUGUGGUAGACGAGUAUUUGGGAUGGCUAAGAAGAAUUCUCAAGAAUCAACUAAUAAAAAGAAAUCGGAUAAUAUUGUCAAUAACAGUGAUAGUGAAGAUGACUUGGAGCCGAAAGAAAAUGUUGAUGUGGAGCAUGACAAAGUUAGAGCUUUGCAUAAUGAUGCUCAUAUCGAUUGUGAUGUACUUCGUCAAGAGUCUGGUCUUGAUCCUGAUAAUGUGUUUAAGAGUUUUGAUGAUAUUGUAAGAGAUCCUGGACCAAAGACAACAUAUGAAGUUUCUAUUUUUGCUCCAGAUUCCUCUAAAAAGAUGAAAAGGGAAAAAGAGGUGAAUGGCAAUGGCAGGAAGCCCCCAAGUGCAGUAGCCCCUUCUUUGCGUUUUCAGAAUGUAGAGGAAGUUGACAGGGAUACUGACACAGAGAGUGGAGAAGAGAUGGUAGAUGGGAUUCUGUCUUCUGCCACAAAGCCAAGCUACGAACUUCCAUCUCAGGCAGACCUUAUACACCGUGCCUUUGCUGGCGAUGAUGUUGAGGAGGAGUUUGAGAAAGAUAAAUUGGAAAUUCUGAAUGAGGAGGUUCCUGAACCUGAAAAACCAGUUUUACUUCCAGGAUGGGGUCAGUGGACUCAUAUCCAGCAGAAGAAAGGUUUGCCUUCUUGGAUGCUGGAGGAGCAUGAAAAUGCAAAAAAGAAGAGAGGGGAUGCCCUUAAGAGGAGGAAAGAUGCUCACCUUAAACAUGUAAUCAUCUCUGAGAAGAUUGACAAGAAGGCGGCGAAGUUGCAUACCAAGACAUUGCCGUACCCAUAUACGUCCAAAGAAGUUUUCGAACAGAGUAUCAGGAUGCCUAUUGGACCUGAGUUCAAUCCGGCAACAUCAGUUGGUGCACUUAACCGGCCAGAGGUGGUGAAGAAAUCUGGUAUCAUCAUAAAACCAAUCAAGUUUGAGGAGGUAAACCCUUACGAUAAAGUGGAGGAGCAAAAGCACAGUGGGCGCAAACAGAGGACAAAGAAUAAAGGUUCCGGGGGCAAAACCAUUAACAAGAAAAUAGAGAAGAAAGUUAACUAAUAUUGAUUCUAGUGUGAGAUUUUGUUGCCCUUGGGUUUUUGUUUGUGAUAUCACAUCUUUUUAUAAAGAGGAAGAGAGAAGAGAGAGAUGACCUUAAGAAAAAAAGCCAACCAUAUGAAUCUCAUCUGUAUAAUCUAUGAAAUACGUUUAAGAAAUGAAGGUGAUGGUUGGGGAAAUGGAGGGAGGAGAAAAAAAUCAUCAGUAGUCAAAAUUAUAAAAUUCAUCUGCUAAUAAAUCAUUAUUUCUUUCCAUUGUCUUGAUAAUGAGUACAUGAAGAUUCUUGAUA